GGACAAGGCUGGUGGGUAUGGAAUCCAGGCACUUGGUGGAAUGUUAGUUGAGUACGUCCACGGAGACUUCCUGAAUGUGGUGGGAUUUCCUCUGAAUCACUUCUGCAAAAAGCUAGCAGAAUUGUACUAUCCACCCUCCAAACAUAAUGUACAACAUAAAAAGUAUGACUCUAUCCCUUCUGUGGACACUUUUGAGAACCUAAGUGAUGGAGAAGGUGAAUCCUCGAGUUUCACAGAGCACAAAGAUGCUAGUAAGUUGGAGAGCAGUGGGAUGUCUUCCUCGGGAGCUACUUACAAAUCUGACAACUGUUCUAGUGUCAGAGCUGGUUUUAUGGUACCUUUGGAAAAUCAGAAUGGAGUGUCGGAAAGUGCAGUAAAACUUCCAUCUAAAAUUCUUGAGCUGAUGGAUGGUUUUAGAGCUUCAAAGGCUCUGUUUGUAGCCUCUAAGCUGAAGGUGUUUGAUCAUAUGAAGGAUAAAGGUCCACUAAAGGCUGUGGAUAUUUCAAAUGAGGUUGGAGCAUCUGUGUGUGGAACAGAAAGACUCCUUGAUGCAUGUGCUGCUCUUGGAUUGCUGGAGAAAACACCACAAGGCUACAGUAAUACAGAUUCAGCAAAUACCUACCUGACCUCAGAUGGUGCAUAUUCACUUCAUGGCUACAUUAUCCACUCUAAUGACCACCUUUGGCCUCUCUUCACAAACUUGGAGUCUGCUGUCAAAGAAGGCAGCAGGCAGAACCAUCGAGCCUUUGGAAAGAAAGCAGAGGAUUUGUUUAAGGUCUAUUAUCACAGCCAGGAGGCGAAGCAACGUUUUAUGGCUGCCAUGCAUAGCAUUGCCCACCUGACAGCAAGAGAUGUGGCUACAGCAUUUGAUCUUUCACAGUUUAAAUCUGCUUGUGAUUUAGGAGGUUGCACUGGAGCUCUGGCUCAUGAAUUAACACAAAUAUACCCAAAUCUCAAGGUCACAGUAUUUGACCUUCCGGAAGUCAUUUCAAACAUCUCUAACUUUCAGCCUUCAGGCCAACAUGCUGCUCAAGUGACAUUUGUCUCAGGUGACUUCUUCAAGGAUAAUCUUCCAGAAGCCGACCUUUAUAUCCUUUCACGUGUUCUUCAUGACUGGCCUGAUGAAAAGAUACAUGUUCUAUUAAGCAAGAUAUCAGCUGUUUGCAAACCAGGCUGUGGGGUUUUGCUGGCUGAAAUGGUGUUGGACGAUGAGAAGAAGAACAGGAGUGCAGCUCUGCUGCAAUCUUUGAACAUGCUGGUGCAGACAGAGGGAAAGGAGAGAAGUGGCUCCGAAUAUCGAGGCCUACUGGAACAACAUGGAUUCACAAAUGUCAAAAUCCGAUUGACGGGGAAUUUGUUAGAUGCCAUUCUCUGUGUUAAGACCUAGGAAAAAAAUGGAUUUAGUAAUAAAAUCUGGCUGUCUCUUGUCAUGUUUGAUGCUUUGAAAUUAUGCAAAUACAUUCUCAGUUUCCCAUUAGUAUCAUAAACAGGAAAUGU